AUGUCCAACACCAACACCCCACGUGCUCGAGGAAAGCAGUAUACACAUUACGACGUGCUUUCACUAAGCCGGCAUCCAACCCGCAACUCUCUGCCGAAAGACGAGAUCAAAGCAGCAUAUCGGCGCGCAUUGCUGCUGCACCACCCGGACAAGAUCUCGCAGAGCGGCCGCGCCUCGAAGCCCUCCACUACUGCUCGUCCGACCCCUCUGUACUCCGUUGACGAGAUUGUAGUCGCCUAUGAGGUCCUAGCGGAUCCUGAAAGGCGCGCUGCGUACGAUCGAGCGCUAAUCCAGGAGGAAGAGUCUGAAGGCUGCGAUAGAGGCACGCAUAUCGGCGUCGAGUCGUAUGACUUGGAGGAUCUUCCGUAUGAUGAAACCCAAAACAUCUGGUAUAGACAUUGCCGUUGUGGUGACGAGCGGGGCUAUAUCUUGACAGAGGCAGACUUGGAAAAGGAAAGUGAGCAGAGAGAGGUCUAUGUUGGCUGUCGAGGUUGUAGUCUGUUCAUCAAAGUCUUGUUUGAACUGGCGGAGACGUGA